AUUAUUAUAAGUGCCUGAUAGGGAGGUUACUUCUACUGAGGCUGUUAAAAGUAUAAAAAGGCAGAGUGGAACAAGUUCAGUGGAGAGGAGAGUUAGAAGUAGAGAACAAGAAUGGGAUAAAUCCACUUAACGAUUCGGGCAUGAGGCUUUUGAUUAAUGAAGAGCAGGUUUUAACAGCAGGAGGGUGCAGUGGAGAUAGGUGAACACAGACUUAGAAUUAGAACGGGAGAGCCUUAAAGUUUUACAUUUUAUGCACUGCCAAUCUGUAUUUCUGUGAAUUCCACAAUUAAAGCUUUGAGUCAUGGAUCAACUUCUGGCUGUGAAGGUUGGGUGCUUAGUGGCUCUUCUCUUUAUCACCUUGAUCUGUGGUUUGGCACCACCAUUUGCCAGCUGGUUCCUGAAAAGUAGUGUCAAAGGUAAAGUAUUAAAAUGGGCCAUGGUUUAAACCAUUCUCCCAUACAUAACACUUAAAUAUUUCACUGUAUGCGCUAAUUAUCACUUGAAUGUGUACAACAACUGUCUUCUAAAUAUAUUUAUUCUAUCUCUUUGUUUUAAAAAUCUCAUUAACACAGAUUUAACACUAUUGAUAUUCUACUCUUUGUAAAAAAUAAAUCUUUUUGUAUUUUAAUAUAUGUACCAAAACCAAUAACCUGCAUAUUUAUGUGAGGAUAAUUGGAUUUAUUAAGUGUUACCAAAUGAACAAUGUAAUAUUUAGCUCACUACUCAGAUACACAACAGAUUAAAGUCAGAUUGCUGAUGGAGUGUUAAAUUUAAGUCACUGACCAUACGUCUGGUCAAAACAGCAGGUGGGACAACAAAAAACACAUCUAUUGACUUGGAUAGGGCUAAUGUUAAAUGUGUCUUACAAAUAAACAUGUUGUAUCCGUUGAAUCGUUUAAUUAGUUCUUCAGUAUCCUUACUCCCCCUUGUUGAUGACUGGAGAGGUUGUUAAGAGGCUGAGCAACUAAUCAUGUCAAUAUCUUGCAUUCAUUUUGAAAAAAAUAGUCUAUCCUCAGGCUUCCUACACCUCAAACAUGAUUAAUGUUCUGUAACAGGAUUUCUGAUGUCAACCAUUGGCUUUGCAUUGCACGUGAGAUUCUUGGCACAAUGUUGCUGCACAUUGUCCUGUCUUUUAAGGCUGUCAUUUGGUAACUUCAUUAGGGGAUGAAGUUGGAUUGCUUUAAAGUGGUUAUUUUAUCCCAAAAUGUAAAUGUACAGAGAUACAAGUAAGUGAAGUGGACUCCUAGUUCUUAACCAAGAUAUAAAUAUGGAACUCAUUUUGAUGGACAUAAAGAAACAGUCAUUAGUAUGGUUAAUAAAAACAACCAAUAGUUGUUCGCAGCUAAAAUAAUACCAACAGGUAUCAAUGAAACACUUUUACUUUUAAUGUCUGCAUGCAACUUUCUUCCACCUGCAUUGAUACUAACCAAACACUAGCGUUUACUAUUUUGCAAUUUGGACAAAAAAGGCAUGCUUCGAAAUAAUUGCCAUAACAACUUCACCAGAACACUGAUUUGCUCAGCUUAUAUACACUUUUGGUAAUUUAUUGCGACAAGCAUAGUAAUGUACCCAAAGUGUUUUACCUACAUCCCUAUAGCACCCAUUAGUUUAUCGAAAUGCAGACUGAAUGAAAGAUUAAGAUCUAACUAUAUACCAAGGUAUUUAUGAGCUGAAUGUGGUGGGCUUACAUCUUGAUUUUGACUUACUGGUUAAUUAGUGAUUUUAUAUAUAUUAUAUAUAUAUAUAUAUAUAUAUAUUACAGGAUCUAUUGAUAAUUCGACUAAUUUACUUUACAUAUAUAUAUAUGUAAAAUAAAUUAGUCGAAUUAUCAAUAGAUCCUGUAAUUUUUUUUCUUCUUAUUGGUUUCCCUUUUCCUUAUGUCAAGUAAUUACAUUAUUGACUGGAAUUAUUUAUUUAAUUAAUUAUCAAUUAUUCAUUAAUAAUUAUAUCUGGUGUUUAUGUAUUUCAAUUGUCUGUGUAUACUAUGAAAUAUGUAAUUAAAAGUUCUAAAAAUAGUAUGAUUAACCUAACCCACGCAAGGCACCAAACAUGUGGGUGCCUGGAGUGCCUCCUUAAAGGGACACUGUAGGCAUCUUGACCACUUUAGCUAAUUGAAGUUGUCUGGGUGCUGUGUCCCUUUUGCACUUAGUUCCAGGGAACUGCAAUGUUUAUAUUUCAGCACUAAGUCUGCACUCCGUGGCUGUCUAUAAGACAGCCACUGGGGGCGCCUAUGGAGUUUUGGUCCGUUAUCUGACGCUGGACAUCCUCACGCUCUGCAUGAGGACUUCGAGCAUCAGAUGGUUCCCCAUUGGAAAGGAGAGGGAGAAGCUUUGGCCCAGCGCCAAGGGAAACCAACGCUGGGAAAAGGUAAGUAAAUAAAGGGUUUUUAACCAUUUAUUUACCUGGGAGGGGGAACACGAGGGAGGGGGAGGCAGAGGGAUCGGUAGUAUCAGGAAUACAGCUUUGUAUUCGUGGCACUACAGUAUCCCUUUAAAUUAAAGUAGUAUAAAUAAUUAUUAUAGUCUCUCUGUUCUCACUUGCCUUUAUUUAUAUUUAUCUUUUCUUCCUUGUGCCAGAUCCAAAUAUCUGGUCUCAGUCAUUUUGUGCUCCUCUGUCCAUGAUGUCUGCAGUUUGCCCUUCCAUGUGAUUGAGCUUACUGAUGGAUUGUGGAUAAAAUUGAUUGGCAACAGAAACAGAACAGUGCUUAAAGGUCAAUUGUCAUUAAAUUUUCAUCUCUCGGUUUUCUAAAUGUUUAUUACAUUUAGUUAAACCUAAUAAUAUUUUUGAGAUGAAGCAUAUGGAUUUGUUUGAGAAAAUUUUACUUUUUUUAUUUGACUAAACUGCCAUAAUGGGUCAGACUGCUGCUUACCUUAACUUGCCUACUGCUGUGAUUGCACUGUAUGAAAAUGCAGCAGUAGGCAAGAUUUGUACAAGAAGCAAUUGGUCAGAUAACAGUAGAGUCUGAAUCAACUUGGCACACUUUUAUAGAGGGUGUAAAACUUGGUGUUGUCCCAACUGUCUGUGUGUCCAGUGUCUGUGUGUGAGGCUGGACAGGAAGUGGAAAGGAUCACUUCCCAUCUGCUCACUAACAGCCUCUCACACAGGAAAUGCCUUACAGGAGGAGCAGGGACAGCACUGAGUUCUUCACACUAUAUAGUAGUUUCUGCAUUUCUGUUAUCAAUCAUAGGAUGUUAAGUACUUUGAAAAUAACCCUUCAAAAACCUCAAAUGUCUGUACCCUGAAUACCCUUAUUUUCCUAACUACACAUUUACCCAUCCAAAAACCUAAAUAAACUCUUUAAUAAUUAGUACCACAUUUUAGGUUACCACAUCCACUAUGUGAAGUGAAAAGGUUUCCUUUCCUUUUCUACUUUGCUGCUGUGUUCUAUCUGUGGCUGACCCUGCCGCCUUCUUUGAGAUCAUCAGUCUUGAUCAGUAUUCUUUGGUGCAGUGUUGCGCACGGUAGCUGGACUGUCAUUGGCUGCAGUGUUGAGUGCGGAUUACUGAAUUACAGUCUGACAGUUGGUCAUUUGGUUUUUCUGUAUAUGGUGGGUUUAUAUUUCAUUUCUGAAUGAAUGACCGAAAUUCUCAAUUUUCUGUCAUUUUGCAGUUCUUUUCAACAAUGCAUUUGUCUAGCAUAUAUUGCCUUUCAGACAAUAUUAAAAGUUAACAUUCAGUAAAUUUACACAAGUUUUAUUUUUCCAUUCAAUCUAUUUAGAGUUUUUGAGGGAGGAAACACUAAAGAUAGUAUUCAGCGAUUUUGCAAUAUAUCACAAAGGGUAUCAAUUUGGUUCUAAUGCCAACAAAAUCUAAAAAGAAUACCUGCUUUUGAACAUAGAUUAAACAUAGUUACAUAGUUAUAAAUGGUAUUUAAAAGUGCUAUUGCAAUCUUUAUAAAUCUUUGGAAUGCUAAUGUCAGCACAUCCACAGACAUUAACAAAAACAUGUAUCCCUAACCCUAGAGUGUUAAAAAUACUAUCUAGCACCCUGCCUUCCGCCCCUCCUCCCCCCCAUUACCCUAUAAAUAGAGUACAACCCUUACUUUUUUUCAGUCUGCUGCUGGCUCUUCCCCUGAUCUGCCUCCAUGACUGACAUCAUCAGAAGUGACGAGUUGAGCUAAUUACAAUGAUUUCCCAUUGGAAAGCAUUGGAUCAGUUGAGAUUGUCAAUUCUGAUUAUCUUAGCAAUGGAGGUGGGCAAGGAGGCUGAGCCAAAUGCCACUCUGGUCAUCAGCAUCUCCUCAUAGAGAUCCAUUGAAUCACUGCUUCGCUAUAGGGAAAGUUUGGUGUCUCCAUGCAGAGGGUGGAGACACUGCAUGUCACUGCUGCACAUUGUUGUAAAUUUUGUUUUGCUAAGUAAAUGAACAUAAAUGUUUAUACAUGAUUCUGGGAGUGAAGGGGCUAACAAUAUGCUAAACAUUCUGGUAUAUCCUGCUUGCAAAUUAUAUAUAUACCAAUCUCUGCACCCCUAUGAAAUGUGGAAAGCUCAUUCUUCGUCUAGAUCCUUACUAACUAAUCUCUUUGCAGAAUCCUACCAACUCGUUGUUUGCCUUAUCAGUUCAUUUGCAGCCGGCAUAUUCCUGGGAGCCUGUUUGCUUCAUGUCGUUGCUGACUCCCUCACAGACAUCGCAAGUGAGCUUUCAUAUGUGAGUCUAAUUAUUUUUGUUGCUCUUCAGUGUUAGAACCUCAAAUUUCAUGGUUAUAAGUCAUUGACUAAAGAGACAGCCUUUCACAAAGCUUCUUUAAUUUCGCUUAUAUUUUCGUUCAGAGUCUCCGGUACUAGACCUUCACUACUUCAUAUUCCAGUUAUACCUUAUUUACUUUUUCCAUUCUAUUUAAUUCCAAACUGUAUUUCUUCUUCAUUAUUUUGUCAUUUAUCAGUCUUUCUUCUUUACCUGUUGGAACAUAACAUAUACAUUAUUAUAUCUCACUAAUCAAUGUUUUCAGUUCACACACUGUCACCUUUAUUCUUCUAUAUCUUUCCCUGCUCAUUUCUAUUUUCACAAAUUUCAUUUGGGUUCAUCUUGAUGUCACAUUAAAAUGAUUUAAAAUAAUUGAAUAAGCUGUUAGUUACGAUAUCAGUGUAGGCCUUGGAAAGGCAAUGAUUUAAAGGACAACUAUUGUGCCAGGAAAACAUACUCGUUUUCCUGGCACUAUAGUGCCCUGAGGGUGUCCCCACCCUCAGGGACCCCCUCCCGCCCGGCUCUGGUAGGGGGAAAGGGGUAAAAACUUACCUUUUUCCAGCGCUGGGCAGAGAGCUCUCCUCCUCCGAUCCUCCUCUUCUCCUCCCUGUCGGCUGAAUGCGCACGCGCGGCAAGAGCUGCGCGCGCAUUCAGCCAGUCACAUAGGAAAGCAUUCAUAAUGCUUUCCUAUGGACGCUGGCGUGCUCUCACUGUGAAAAUCACGGUGAGAAGCACGCAAGCGCCUCUAGUGGCUGUCAAUGAGACAGCCACUAGAGGAAAUAGGGGAAGGCUUAACCCAUUCAUAAACAUAGCAGUUUCUCUGAAACUGCUAUGUUUAUGAAAAAAUGGGUUAACCCUAGCUGGACCUGGCACCCAGACCACUUCAUUAAGCUGAAGUGGUCUGGGUGCCUAGAGUGGUCCUUUAAGUUCAAAUAGUUGAAGUAAAUUCUGCAGAAAAGAGCACUCACUUGCAAAUCAAAGUACUGAAUGGGAAACUAUAGAAAUUAUGCUCCUGUUACUUAUUUAAUAAACAGUGUUGAAGUUUACUGGUGUAAACAAAGCUAAUUUUCUUUGUUUAAUGCUAAGUCUAGUGGGACCAGAAAUUGAGGCUUACAAAACAUGCUUUGCCAGUGAAAUUAUAUUUUUCAGGGACUGUUUGUAUGGCAUCGAUUGUAUCUCCUCAAUGAAAGAAUACAUCAUAAGCCAGUAUCCGGGGAAUAGGGGUGGGGGUGAGAGAGAGGAGGGGGAUGAGAUGGUACACAUGAUUCCUAGAAAUGUAGGAGCUUCUACAUUGGUGCAUAGAUAUUUAUGAGGAAAGAUAAGCAGCUCAUCAACUAACAUAGAUGUAUGUAAAAAUAUAAAACAAUCACUCACAAUAAAUAAAUAAAUAAAUGUAUAAGGAGGAGGAAAUUGCCCAACGUCUGAAUUGAAAGAAAACCUAGACUUUGUAUGUGUUUGUUCCAUGCAUAAUGAUAAUGAUGAUAUGUAUUUGUAUAUACAAGCGUAUAUCUACAAGCCCUAUGCAGUGCAAUUCAUCUUUGAUUUCUCAUAUUAUUUUGCAGAUCAACUAUCCUAUGGGAGAACUGAUCUUGUCUUUGGGCUUCUUCUUGGUUCUUUUCAUUGAACGAUUUGUCUUGUAUUGUUGUAAUAAUCACCAAAACCCGUCCCAUGAUGUGAUGCCACUGCCAGAAAUGCCAUCCACGCCUACAGCUGACUACCAAGAAAAGCAGGACAUGUCAUCAGAGAUAAAUGUCACUGUGCAGGAGGAGCCACAUAACCACAUCCACCCUAAUAUAUACUCCCAUGCCUCCUUUCGUUCCCUUAUUCUUUUCUGCUCACUCUCCAUUCAUUCGGUUUUUGAAGGUCUGGCCAUUGGACUUCAGUCCAGCUAUUCUAGUGCCUUAGAGAUCAGCAUUGCAGUACUUAUACAUAAGGGCAUUAUUGUUUUCAGUCUGUCACUUAAACUGCUUCAGAGUCUGAGCCAACGAACGUGGCUAGUGGUAUACAUUGUGGUGUUUUCCCUGAUGUCUCCUAUUGGCAUCACAAUUGGCAUUAUUGUUACAUUAGAGAAGUCUGCCAUCGUAACUAUGGUCCAAGCCAUCUUAGGGGGCAUUGCCUCAGGGACAUUUGUGUAUGUCACAUUCCUGGAAAUUCUACCACAAGAACUCAACACAUCAGACAAGCCACUACUGAAGGUUCUCUUCAUUGUCAUUGGUUUCACUGUUAUGGCAGUCAUAGCUAUCUGGGCCUGAUCUACCUGUGUUAAUAGUUUUGAUCGGAUUGAUUGGCAGAAUUAUGUAUUCUAUAUAAAUACCAUGGAAAUACCAUUUAGAAGUGCAUGUAUCAGUAAGUCAUAGAAACAAGUGUAUUACUAAAUAUGGCACUCCAUUAUAUACUGUUGUCAGACCACAUUGACCACUAAACUAAUGUGUACUCUUUGCUUCAAGUACAUAUGUAAAAGUGGAAAGCCAAUGUCACAAAACAAUAGCAAUUAAAGAUAAAAUAUUUUCUUAAAGGAGCAAUGUUUUUUCUUUGUCUAUUCGAGUAAUCACUAAUGCAGGGCUGGAGG